AUGCCCAAUGAUGACGAUACUCCAGUGGAUGAGUUUGACGAUGGCGAGGAUGAUGAGCACAACUACGACGCAGAUGGAUUCUCCCUCAUAAAAGACAUAUUCCUCCGCAAGGUACGGCACGCACGGCACACGCUGUCUACUUCAUUCUCGUUCGACUCCGAGGGGAAUGGGUUACGAGACCUGAGAUGGCAGGAGGAGAAUGCUACCAGACAGGAUGGCGAUGCGGGGGAGGAAAUUGUGGUGGAGAUGAACCCCUAUUGGGCUGGGUUCGCCGGAUUUUUGGUUUUGACGGUACUUGGGACGUUGGCGUGGGGGGCUGUUCAGGAUGACGAGGGAGAUGGGAGCAGUCACGGUGAUGAAAGAGGGAACCAGAGGGAGGAUAGGCUGCCUGAUUAUGAGCCUAUCAGGGAGAUGACCGAACAGGAUGACAGGUCAUGGGCGUUGCCGUUGGGCGGGCAGGGCGAUUUUAGAGGGUCCGGGGAAGAGUACUCUAUCGACAUAGGGGGGAACAUGUUGGAGAUGGUGGAUCAGAGCGAAGCAGUGAAUGAGGAAGGGUAUGUGGUGAGUAGGAAGGAGAGGUUGGCACUGGAGGAGUAUGAGCGUAUUGUGGGUAUGGUUGAGGUUGAGGUUCGUGGUGAGAGUGAAAGCGAGGAUGACAGUCAGCAAGGGACUGGUAGUCAGGAUAGAGAGGGUGAGAGUUUGUCGUUUGGAGAAGAGUUGGCAUCGUUUAGAGAGGUGCUAGACAUGGUGGAUGGGAUUGUUGCUGCUGAGGCGAGGAGGGAGAGGAGAUAG